CCCUCCCCCCUUCCUCUGCUGGCGAAAGUUAUAUAAAGAGGCCGUGACACACACCUGACACAUACACUCGUGGCCGCUAACAUGUGGCGCACGGAGGCGAUGUUCACCUGCUUACUGCUGUUCUGCGCUACCGUACUUGUUGGAGGCGUUGUCCCAGAUCAUCCCCUGCUGAGGAACAAACGCGCCCUACGCCUCAAUGUUCCUUGUAUGGAGAAUGGUCAGUUCUACCGCAACCCCAGCGCCAACCCGGAGAAGAUUUGGAGCCUGGGCGAGUGUUCCAAGUACUAUCUCUGUCUAGACGAAGAAGUAUACGAGUUCAAGUGCUCGGUGGGGCUGCUCUUCGACAUCAACAGGCAGAUAUGUGAUUUCAAGUCCAAGGUGUUCAACUGUGACUCCCACAUCCAGUUGACGACACCUAAGCCUCUCUUGUAUACGGAGGAGCCCAUCUGUGACUUCGGGGAGUACGCCUGCGCCGAUAGGACCUGUCUCCCCUCUGAGCUCUUCUGUGAUGGUCAGGUCGACUGUCUGGAUAGUUCUGAUGAAGGCUGGUGCGAUGCUGACCACGACCCUAACGCCGCCCCCAAGUGUGACUACGCCAAUUGCACGUUGCCCUGGUGCUUCUGUUCGAGGGACGGCACCCUCAUACCUGGCAACAUGGAGCCAGCACAGGUGCCCCAGAUGGUGUCGCUGACAUUUGACGACGCAAUCAACUACGAGAACUGGAACCUGUACAGCCAGCUGUUCAACGCGGAGAGGACUAACCCCAACGGCUGCCCCAUCCAUGCUACCUUCUACGUCUCCCACGAGUACAACAAUUACCAGUACACCCAGCAGCUCUGGAACGACGGCCACGAGAUCGCUGUCCAUUCUAUCACGCACCGUGGACCCGAGAACUUCUGGACACACAACGCCACCAUCGAGGACUGGUUUGACGAGUUUGUGGGUCAGGCUAACAUCAUCAACCGCUUCGGUGGCGUCCACAUGGAGGACCUCUGGGGUGUUCGUGUACCGUUCCUGCGUGUGGGGUGGAAUCGGCAGUUUAUCAUGAUGAGAGAGUUUGGGUUCAUCUACGACUCCUCUAUGGCUGCGCCUUUCUCUAACCCGCCCCUCUGGCCCUAUACCAUGGAUUACAAGAUGCCUCACAAGUGUAUGGGCACCAGGCAGAAGUGUCCUUCCAGGUCCUUCCCGGGCAUAUGGGAGAUCGUUCUCAACCAGCUGCAGGCAGGGGAGUACUACUGCGCCAUGAUGGACCAGUGCCCACCGUCGUACGACGAAGAGGAAGUGUACCAGAUGCUGAUGCACAACUUCCGGCGCCACUACAACACCAACAGGGCGCCACUAGGCCUCUACUUCCACACCAUUUGGUUCAAAACCAAGCACAACAUGAAGGGCAUGAAGCGAUUCCUGGACGAGCUGAGUAAGAUGCCUGACGUGUGGGUCGUCAACAACCAGGAGAUGAUCAAGUGGAUGAGGGAGCCCACACCUAACUCCCAGAUGGCCAGCUUCGAGCCCUGGAAGUGUCAACAAGCGGUGCCGGCGGAGGACAAGGCCUGCAGCAUCACUAAAUCGUGCAAACUGAGGAACAGACUGCUAAGGGGUGACCGCUACCUCCACACCUGUUUCGAGUGUCCUGACAUCUACCCCUGGCUCAAGAACGAGUUUGGUAUCUAUCUGUAAACAUUGUCUAGAUUGUAUUUUUGUCCAGAGAUCUUUGUUUAAAAGUUUCAGUCGAGCUUCACCUUACCCGACAGUAAAUGAUUCAGGUUAGAAUUCAGAUUUUUACAAAUCUUGACAAAUCCUGAUUUCUCACUGCUGCAGGAGGUAAUGUAGGGACGUGUACCAGUAUUACCCACCUCAGAUGUGACUGUUUCAUCAAAUAUUUUAAGACCACUCAACAUCAUCACGUCGGGAUUAACACUCGGUUGCAUGCAGCUCUCUAGGAUUUCUUUUGAUUGCUUUAAUGGUGUUUGGAAACGUUUUCUAUGGAGUAUGGUUCUCAGCCUCCCUGUAACAUAUUUCCGAGUACAGUAUACCAAAUAUGUGGGUCAGGUAGGGCCCUUACCUGACCCGAGCUCUGGUGGGGAAAGGAACCAUCUUCAAAAGUAAUGUGAGCUUAUGACAAACUAUUUUGAUAUCAUUGAUCUUCAGUUAUGAAGGCAUUAAAUAGAAUGAUUGUCUUGAGAAUGAAGUCAUUCAUAAAACUCAUAAUAAUAAAUUCCGAUUAUGAUAUAUUCAAGGCGUUUUUUCAUCAAUAAUUGCGAUGUUAGUUAUAGUAUCAUCCGUAAUACUAGCCAGUAAUGAUAAAAACUGUGAUAAUUUAUUUUUUUGUGUUGUAAACUCGCAUCACUGAAUGUCGUUUGUUGAUCAUACAACAGUCCCGCCAUAUAGUCACUUAAAUUUUAUGGAUGGUUAAACAAUUUAAAAAAAACGGUGGAAUUCAUUUCCACUCGUGUGAAGUGUUUAGUGAUGAUGUGCAUUCACUUAUCCAUAAUCUGGUACCCCGUUGAUAACUGCACAGGCAGCAUAUAUUAUAACUAGUACCCCGUUAACUGAUGUACAGGCAACUGGUAUAAACUGAUACCCCAUUCAUACUACACAGUCAACCGCCAUAAACUAGUACCCAGUUGACUACCUUUAAACAAUUAUAUAACUUGGUGUCCGAGAGCCUGAUGUCACUCCUGUCUGGUACUGUACACAAUUGCUCCUGCAUCAACCUCAAACUAUAAUUUUUUCUAUUAGAUUAAUUGCGUUGAAACACUUUAGUUCCGAAGCUUGUAUCCAUGGUUUCAUCUCCCAAUAAAUUUUGUGUAGACUGUACUGUACAUAUAUACCAAGGAUGAGUUAUUUCGCCUGGUCAUAUUUUAAUAUUCCCUAGGUGAUAAAUAUUCUGUUCAAAAUCUGGUAUCUACAGUAGGAUACCAAUGUACUGUACUAUACUAUUCCUGUAGCUUUUAGCGACAACGGGGUUCCAGUGAUGGUUCAUAUUUCCCUCUAGUUUUGUUUUGUUACUGAAGUUUAUUUAUACAUGUAAAUAUAAUUUUUUUUUCUAUAUUAAAGGACUAAAACCUA